UCUAUUUUUGAAUUGAAAGUCUUUCACAGGGUCUGUCUCAUGUUCAUGUGGCCUUUUUUGGUGAGGGGUCUGAAAUAGGAUUUUUGUCGAACACACACUUUUUACUUUUUAACAAAGUUUCCCUUUGUCUACUGAAUCCAAAAUAAUCCUAAUAUGUUGCAGAAUAGUAAUUUAAUGACAAGUAUUAUUUUAAGAGACUUGCUGAAAUAAUUUUAGCAUCAUAUGCAAGUUCAACAUAGACAACAAGCUCUUUAUACAUUUACAAUUAUGCAUUUGGCACUUUAAUUCAAAAUGACUCGCAGUGCAUUACAAGGUAAAACCACUGAAACAUGUUUUCUGGGAUAUCAUUAAAAUACAUAGUAAAAAAUGUAAACAAUCAUACAGUUAUUUUCUUACAUUCAAUGACAGAUGUCUUCAAACUUCAAAAGAGAUACUUUCUUAACCUAUCACCACUAUGGAUGUAUGGCAUUCUAGUUAAAGCCUGGUCAGUGGUCACUAUGGCAACCCCAGUACACAUUAGAGAACAGGAUCUUUAUUCAGAGGAUUGUUACUGGAGAUUGCUACAGUUUGUGUUUUCUAUAUGAACAAGAUAAGAUUAUUCUGUUGGAGUGAUGUCAUCAAACCCUCCGGUAUUGCAUAGCCAAAGUGUCCUUCCCUUGUUUCUGGGUAAAGGCAAAAAUGUCACAUUUGUUCUGGACACCUGUGAAGAAACGAAUGCCUUUAUGGGGCCGGUGAAGAAUCUUAUCAUCCAAACCCUUGUUACUAAAGCUUCACUCAGAGAUUCACUCUUCAACAUUAUCAGCUUUUCAUACAAGGCAACACCAUGGUCUUCUCAUAUGUUACCUUGUACCCCUGAUAUUGUUUAUCAAGCACUAAGCUGGAUUCACACAUUACAGACCAGUCCUGGCAGAGACCUCCAGACAGCAUUGGCUUUAGCCUUCUCUGAUCCUGCCUGUCAAUCAGUCCAUUUAGUGACCAGUGGUCUCCCAGACAACCCCACACAAUGCCUGGCUUCAUUAUCAUCCCCGGUGACCCGCCCAGUGUUAACUUUUUAUAUAUCUGACAGUCCUAUGAAUAGUGACAUUUCAGACUUCGUACAGUGCCUCACUUCCACCACCAGAGGAAGCUCUUACAACAUUUCUCUGAACUCGGAGGGGGGUGUGGACCAGGUCAGUGUGUUGCAUUCAACGGAUCACCAGAUUCAAAAGCCAUCAUGCGUAGAGGACAGGUGGCAUUCAAGAGUGGACUUCAAUCAGGUCCCAUACUACAGCUGUACUAGCUGUGUAUGUUCUGCACCAUACUGGUGUUCUUCUAGAAAUCCAUUUAGUGCGGUAUCAUGCAUUUCUGCAAGGGUUAUGACAGGUGCUGAGAUUUAUCCUGGCUGUCGUGUUUUAGCUAGAAGAGAGAAAGAUGGUUUUUACUAUCUGGGGACAAUCGUACAUCAGGGCAGAGGAAGUGUUUAUAUGGUGGAGUUUGAUAAGAUCACGGGCCCUGAAGGAAAUGCCUUUAUGGAAACAAUAAAUACAGUUCAGCCAACUUAUAAGCCUGAUAUGGUGAGCCUAAAUAUUGCAUAUGGGCACAGUAUAACACCAGGAGACUCUGUUCUUGCACCAUGGGAGCCUGACUUGAAAAGAUAUGGGCCAGGAAGAGUCAUCUCUGGAAUAGAGCUGAGGGACUCAAUAAAAGGUGAUGAAGUUAAUCUUGGACUUCAGGUUCUCCUUUGGAAUGGGAUCACAGUGCACAUCCCCAAAGAUCUCGCAGUAUGGAUUCCAGCUUCUCAUUAUGAGCAAGUGAUUAAAGACCUUCAGCAUUAUUCAGCCAGGCCAUGCUGCUGUAGGGUCUCACAAUGUUACACCAUGAAUUGUUCUGGAUUUCCAUGUCACCAGUCCAUCCAUCACAGUCUUUCUUCCAUUCCACAAUGCAAAUGUUCAGUUAGAAGAUGCUGGCCGAUGUUAACGUCACCUCCAUUACUAAAAAACCAAAGAAGAGACGACUUGGAAAGCAAAAUAGAUCUCCAAUUGAAAGAACUACAAAGCUCUCAAAAGACAUCUUCCUCAUCGUCAACUUCUGACUCAGAAGACUUUACAUCUGAAGAACAAAGGCCUAGGUCAGAAAUGGUGAGCCGCUCAAUAAACACCGAGAUUUCGUGUCUGAAAAAGCCUUACAGUCAGCUUGAGACCAAACCGGCAUGGAGAUACUGGAAAAGGGGAUCUCCAGAACCACAGCACAAGCAACCAGGAAGAAGAGCCAGGUCUGCUAAUGGUAAUUAUUCCUGGCCUGGAGACAGUGGGUAUUCUGGAUGCUCUACAGAUGACCGUUAUGAGACCAAUCACAGCUCUUUAUUUAAGCUGGUUUCUCAUUCACCAAAACAAGGUGCUUCUGUCAGGGAAAUAUUUAGAUCAACUGAACCAAAGCCGUUUUCUAAAGCUGCAUCUCCAAUAGUUCUGGCAAUGACCAAAAGGUAAACAAAAGUAAUGCUAUAGUUCACCAACCCAAUUAAGUGUUGGGAUAGUAUUUUUUUUUAAACUAUAUAUAUUUGCUUUCUAAAUAAAAAAACAUUCGAUAGGUGUAUAAAGUAACCACAAAUGACUAGUAUGUAAAAAU